AUGGCAACUAGCCCUGUUAUCAAGCAAAUAGACACCCUGUUUCUGAAAUGUGGGAUUUGUCUUGAACGCUACCAAGCACCAAAGGUUCUUCCUUGCCUUCAUACAUUCUGUCAGAAGUGCCUGCACAAUUACAUCCCACCUGAAUCUCUGACAAUCUCUUGCCCUAUUUGCCGUCAACAAGCCAUUCUACCGGCCAGUGGCGUUGAGGGUCUUCAAGCGAAUUUCUUCAUUACUAACUUAAUGGAGGUUUUGGAGAAACCAGAAAAUAAUAACAUACCCGAUCUUGGGGUCGCGGAGACUAUGCCAUGCUCACAACAUGAGGGACAAGUCCUGGAAUUUUACUGUAGUGACUGUGAGACAGCAGUAUGUCGUAAGUGCACUGUAAGAGAGCAUUGUGAUCACACGACAACCCUUCUGAAUGAUGUUAUCGAAGAACAUAAGGAUGCUCUUCAAGGAGCUCUUGAUAACGUCAAGGCGAAGAUUCCUGACAUGAAAUUAGCAACGGAUCGGAUUCAACAGCUAUCAGAAAAAUUAAUGAUCAAGAGAGAAGAAGCACAUGCAGAUUUAGAUAAAUCUUUCCAAUUGUUAGAAGACAUUUUGAAGAAUCGUAAGGCAACAUUACUGAAUGAAAUGGACAAAGUUCAUAAGGAAAAGCAGAGUAUCUUACAAAAGCAACAGAAAAUGAUGAAAGAUGGACUUACCAAUAUGGAGAGUUGUUGUCGAUUCACAGAGCAGGCUCUUGAGAAGGGCAAUGACACCCAAAUAUUUAUGGUUAAGAAGCAGAUGAUGGAAAGGUUGCAAGAGCUGGCAAAUAUACAAAUUAACCUACAACCAGAAGAAAAUGACUUCAUCCGUUACAAGCCAGAAACUGGGAGUAUUCAGAGAGCAAUAUCAAACGUUGGUGAAAUCCUGACCAACAGUGCCAUUGCUUAUGAAACCAUUGCUACUGGUGAUGGACUGCGAAGGGGAGUUCUUGGUGAGGAGAUGUCAGUCACAGUCACAUCUAAGAAUUGUCAAGGGGAAUUGAUCAAGACUGGUAAUGCAUCUUUAGAUGUCAAACUAGAAAAACUAGAUGGAUCCAUUUUACCAGUUGAAAUCAGUGAUAAUCAUAAUGGGACUUAUGAAAUUUUGUACAAGUUUGAGCAGGAAGGUAACUAUGAAUUACACAUCCAAUUAUUUGGUGAGGAAAUCAAAGGAAGCCCUUUCAAAGUUAAAGGAGUUACACCAUCAGAAGUGAGUCCAAGAAACAUGGGAAGUCGGAUACCAAGAUCCACA